UCUUUUUUAAAUUAGAAAACACCCAGAAUAUUAAUUAUCUGCUUUUAAAGUGAAAUAGAUACUCGUUACAUUGUGUUUUAAUAGCACAACGUACAAUAAGUAAAAAAUUGAAGUAAUAAAAAGUUACCCUUUGACCUUUCUGUUACGUAGCGUUUUACCCGUAAAGAUGUCUGCGAAUCAGUAGGUGUAUAUUAUAAGUAACUAGUUUUUGUUUCUUUAGUUUGUUUUUUAUUUUUAUUUUUCAGCUACCCGAAUAUUAAAUGGAUAUUGAACAUUUGCCAUGAAACUCCGAACUCAUCAUGACAGGAGUUAUUCUGCAGAGUCCAGAAUAUUGCUGAAACCAAAAGAAUCACCAUCUGUAAUGCAGACCAACCCAAACGAGCUUCACCCUCAAGCAGGCACCAGCUUAUCCCUAACCUUGCAACCUGAGCUGCUGACAAGGACGCCUGUGGUGGGGGCCACCGGAGAGGAGGUCCGGGUUUCCGUAUGCAGCUCCUCCGGGGAGGCCAGUGGUCGGCCAGCAUCCAGGAGGCAAAGAACUGGAGCGCAUGGUCACACCCAUUCCCACUCGCAUUCUCACGAGCACCCCCAUUCCCACAGCGAGCCCGAGUCUGACCCAGGAGACGCCGAUUCGGAGGCUGGAGAGCCGAGCAUGUCCUUCUCUGAACUGCGUUACCUCUUUCAAUGGCUCCAGAAAAGUCUUCCUUUUAUUGUGAUCCUUUGUGCCAAACUAAUUACCCAGCAUGCCCUAGGUUUAGCAGUUGGAGCUGGCCUGUUUACAACCUUCCUUUAUGCAAACAGAAGCAUCCAAAAGCAGGUCUUCCUGCAGGGCCGGCGCUCCAAGCUUCACUGCCUGUGGCUUCUGCUGUUCAUGAUGUCCUCCACACUCCUCCUCUACUACACGUUCCAUACUGAGACUCUUUAUUACAGCCUAAUCUUGGUGAAUCCUAGUGUUGAGUUCUUGGGCUUCUGGGAAGUGUUGUGGACUGUGGGUGUGACCAACUUCAUAUUGAAGUUCAUUUUUAUGGGAGUGAAGUGCCUUAUUCUUCUAUUGCCUGUUCCUCUCGUGGCUUCCAAGUCGAAGGGCCGAUGGUACAUGCUCUUAGAAGAAAUUGGUCAGGUUUACCAGACGAUAGCUCCGAUGCCAUUGUGGUUCCGCUAUUUGGUCACCUACCAGGAGGCGGACGGCUCCCCUGCUCUGACACUUGGUAUCCUUUUAGCUUUGGUCUACCUCAUUCUGAAGCUUCUGGGACUGUACGGACAUUGGGGGUCUGUUCAGAAAACUAUCCGGAUAUUUCUCAGCAGUCAGAAUAAUGGAGUUACUGCCACCAAAAGCCAGUGCUUCGAAGCAGGAGAGGUCUGCCCCAUCUGCAAGGCCGCUUUCAGGGAGCCCCGAGCCCUGCCCUGUCAGCACAUCUUCUGUGACGAGUGCAUUGCAUUGUGGCUCAACCGCGAGAGGACUUGUCCACUCUGCCGCACUGUAAUAACAGACAAAGUCCACAAGUGGCAAGAUGGAGCCACAUCUCCCCACCUGCAGGUUUACUGAGAAACCAAGUGAGGGGUGGGUCUUUUCUUUGGGGGUUGAAUAUGAUUAAACUUCAUGUCGGACGAGUUGGCUUGCUUUACUGCUUUGCCGACUUUAUAAAUAUGUCAACUGCAGUGGUCUUUGGUUAAACCUAGAUUAUACCGUGCUGGCACCCGGUGUCCAGAACACAAAUCACACCCCAUCACAAGGGAGUCCUCCUGUAUCUUCUACCACAUUGCAAUCAGUUCUGCUUGUAGGAGCCAGUUUACUCUGUUUUGAUGACUGUUCCUCAGAGUCAUGUACAUACUUCCUGGUGUUUUGAAGGGCCUUAAAGAUACCAGGACUCCAUAAAUCUGGUAAAUCCUGGAGGAUUUGUUAUCUGUUAGAAGGUAGAACACGUGUUAUUAUUUUGACUGCAGGAUUAAUAUUACUCUUUAAUAAAAAUAUUUGAGGUGUUUUAAUGGUCUCGUGUUUGACCUCAAUUAAGCUUGUAUAUAGAUCGGGGGGGGGGGGUGAAUGAUUUGCUCAUUUUCCCUGAUUUGUGUUUCAGCAAUACUGUGUGCUAGGUGCUACUUCUCAUAGGAAUAAAAUCAACUAGCCCCCCGCUUACCCAAGUGCAGACACUUCGGUAUUCAGAUGUCAUAUGUUGUCGUUAUGUCUUAAAGACUGUGAUGCAUUUUAAGAGUUUCUGCAGAACUGCAGUCCAAUGCAAUCACCUACAUGUAACGGUCUCUCAAUCUUUAAAUAUUCAUUUACUUCCGUAGGAUGUUGAUUUUUUUUUUGUUUUCAGAGCUUUAAGCAGAUUUUCACGAUUUAAGAAAUAUGCAACAGUUACAUACUGGUAUGUAUAAAAAUUUGAAUCCACACAUACAGAAACUGUAGCUGUUUCUGAAGUGGUGCAGUAACAAAUGAACCAAAGACUGGGGAAUGCAUCCAUAUUGUUACAGUGAUCCUUUCUGUUGAAGUGUUUCUCUCUUGUUUUGCAUCACUUAAUAAAAUGCUGGGGUGUCUCUG